CGGUUUUGUUCGGUUGUGUUUUGUGUGUUGGGCGUCCCUGGGAGCCCCAGGGACGGUAGAUCCGGUGUUGAGAGAGAGAGAGGAGGCCAAGGCGGAAAAAGCCGCGGCUGGGAAAGGAAUCGGGAAGCGGGUGCCAGGGUGAAGGGCCCCCCCGGUAAAGAAUCGAAACCGAAAGUGAGAAAGGAAAGGGAAUACCCGACCAAGAUGGGAGGAAAUCGGGAAGCUGGGGGAAACGGGGUCAGCAGCACCCCUCCCUCGCCCUACGCCUGGCGCAGGACCUAGGAGAGGGCGCUGCGGGCACCGGGGGGACCGCGCAGACCCUGGGACGCAAACCCAGAGGCGCGCGAGCGCGUUGGAGCCCGCAGCCCGCAGCCCGCGCGCAGAACCCCUGCCACCCUCUGGCGCCGCGCCGGGCCAUGGCCAUGGCCAUGGACAUCUACCGCACCGCCGCCGCCGAGUUGGACAGCCUGGUGAUCAACAGCCUGCAGCCGCCCGCGGAGUUCGUGGGAAGCACGCGGCGUGCCCUCGGCUCCCUGGGAGCUGCCCUGAGAGAGCGCGGGGGUCGCCCCUCGGCCGCUGCCCCUACAUGGCGGGUGCUGAAAAUCGCCAAGGGAGGUUCCUCUGGCCGGGGCACGGCUCUGCGGGGUGGCUGUGAUGCCGAACUCGUCAUCUUCCUCAACUGCUUCAAGAGCUAUAAGGACCAAGAGUCUCGUCAUACAGAGAUCCUCAAGGAGAUGCAAGCACUGCUGGAAUCCUGGUGGCGGAACCCAGUCCCCGGUCUGAGCCUUGAGUUUCCUCAGCGGGACACACCUGGGGUCCUUCGGUUCCGACUGGCCUCCGCAGACCUUGAAAACUGGAUGGAUGUCAGCUUGGUGCCCGCCUUUGAUGCUCUGGGGCAGCUCAGCUCCAACGUGAAACCCAAGCCCCAGGUCUACUCGGCCCUCUUAGACAGUGGCUGCCAGGCAGGCGAGCACGCGGCCUGCUUCUCAGAGCUACGGAGGAAUUUCGUGAACAUGCGCCCAACCAAGCUGAAGAACCUGAUUCUGCUGGUGAAGCACUGGUUCCGCCAGGUGUGCUCACAGAAGACGUGGAGGGAGAUGCCCCCAGCCUACGCCCUGGAGCUGCUGACCAUCUACGCCUGGGAGCAGGGUUGUGGGAAGGAUGCCUUUAGCUUAGCCCAAGGCCUCCGAACCGUCCUGGGCCUGAUCCAACAGUAUAAGAGCCUGUGUGUUUUCUGGACCAUCAACUACCACUUCAAGGACCCUGCAGUUAACAGGUUCUUGCAGCACCAGCUUGAGAGACCCAGGCCUGUGAUCCUGGACCCAGCUGACCCCACGUGGGACGUGGGGAACGGGGCUGCCUGGCACUGGGAUCUGCUGGCUCAAGAGGCUAAGUCCGGCUAUGACCGCCCGUGCUUUCUUCAGGCAGCAGGGGGCGCUAUGCCGCCCUGGGAGGUGCCAGGCCUCCCACGCGCCCGGUGCUCAGGUUUGGAUCACCACAUCCCGCAAGACCCUGUCCAGAAGACCCCCAAGGACAGCGGCAGUCUGGAUGCUGUGCACCCAAGGACAGGGAGCAGGCAGCCCCCGUUCCCAGCUCCUGCCCGCUCCACACCUGGGAUGGUCUUGGAUCUGUCUCAGAUCCCCGCCAAGGAGCUGGACCGCUUCAUCCAGGACCACCUGAAACCAAGCCCGCAGUUCCAGAAGCAGAUGAACAAGGCCAUCGAUGUGAUCCUGUGCUGCCUCCGCGAGAAAUGUGCCCACAAGGCCUCGAGAGUCAGCAAGGGAGGCUCAUUCGGCCGGGGCACCAACCUCAGGGGUGGCUGUGAUGCUGAACUCGUCAUCUUCCUCAACUGCUUUGAAAACUACAAAGACCAGGGGGCCCUCCGUGCAAAGAUCCUUGAUGAUAUGCGGGCACAGCUGGAAUCCUGGUGGCGGGAUCCAGUCCCUGGCCUGAGCCUCAAGUUUCCAAGCCAGACGGUGCCCAAGGCUUUGCAAUUCCAGCUAAUGUCCACGGUCUUAAAAAGCUGGAUGGACGUCAGCCUGCUGCCCGUCUUUGAUGCCGUGGGACAGCUCAGCUCUGGCGCCAAGCCUGAGCCCCAGGUCUACUCAACGCUCCUCAACAGUGGCUGCCAAGAGGGCGAGCACGUGGCCUGCUUCUCAGAGCUGCGGAGAAGCUUUGUGAACAUGCGCCCAGCCAAGCUGAAGAACCUGAUUCUGCUAGUGAAGCACUGGUACCAUCAGGUUGCAGCUCAAAACAAAGGAGAACGGCCAGCCUAUGCCUCCCUGCCCGCAGCCUACGCCCUGGAGCUUCUGACCAUCUAUGCCUGGGAGCAGGGCUGUGGAGAGGACCGUUUCAACAUGGCCCAAGGCCUAAGGACCGUCCUGGGGCUUGUCCAGAAGCACCAGCAGCUCUGUGUCUUCUGGACAGUCAACUAUAGCUUUGAGGACCCAGCUCUCACAACGCACCUUCUUGGCUAGCUUCGGAAACCCAGGCCCCUGGUCCUGGACCCUGCCGACCCCACCUGGAACGUGGGCCAGGGUAGCUGGGAGCUGUUGGCCCAGGAAGCGGCAGCUCUGGAGAUGCAGGCCUGCUUGAUGGGUACAGAAGGGACGCCUGUGCAGCCCUGGGAUGUGAUGCCCGCUCUCCUUUACCAAACUCCAGCCGUGGACCUCGACAGGUUCAUCUGUGACUUUCUCCAGCCUGACCGCCAGUUCCUGGCUCAAGUAAACAAGGCUGUUGAUACCAUCUGCUCAUUCCUGAGGGAAAACUGCUUCCGGAAUUCUUCCACCAAAGUGCUCAAGGUAGUCAAGGGUGGCUCUUCAGCCAAAGGCACAGCUCUGGGAGGACGCUCAGAUGCCGACAUAGUGGUGUUCCUCAGCUGCUUCAGCCAGUUCACCGAGCAAGGGAACAGGCGGGCCGAGAUCAUCUCGGAGAUCCGAGACCAGCUGGAGGCAUGUCAGCGGGAGAAGCAUUUCGAAGUGAAGUUCAAGAUCUCCAAGUGGGACAAUCCCCGCGUGCUGAGGUUCUCGCUGACAUCCCAGACGAUGCUGGAUCAGAGUGUGGACUUCGACGUGCUGCCAGCCUUUGACGCCCUAGGCCAGCUGCGCCCCCACUCCAGGCCCCACCCUCAAGUCUACGUGGACCUCAUCCGCAACUGCCACCACGCAGGCGAGUAUUCCUCCUGCUUCACAGAGCUGCAGCGGGACUUCAUCAUCUGUCGCCCCACCAAGCUGAAGAGUCUGAUCCGACUGGUGAAGCACUGGUACCAGCAGUGCAAGAAGAAAACCAAGGAGAAAGGCUCCCUGCCCCCGCAACACGGGCUGGAACUCCUGACGGUGUAUGCCUGGGAGCAGGGUGGGAAGGACCCCCGGUUCAACAUGGCUGAGGGCUUUCGCACUGUCCUGGAGCUGGUCACCCAGUACCACCAGCUCCGUGUCUACUGGACCAUCAACUACAACUAUGAGGACAAGACCAUCAGAGACUUCCUGAAACAGCAGCUUCAGAAGACCAGGCCCAUCAUCCUGGAUCCAGCUGACCCGACGGGCAACCUGGGCCCCAACGCCCGCUGGGACCUGCUGGCCAAGGAAGCUGCAGCCUGCAUAUCUGCCCUGUGCUGCAUGGGCAGGGAUGGCACCCCCAUCCAGCCAUGGCCAGUGAAGUGUGUACAUCUUGACACCAUGCCCUACUUGCCUUCCUGGAUUUAUACUGAGUUCCUCUCUUUCCUCCUGACCUGCUGGAAUGCCACCAGUGGGGUCCUCCAUCCCAAAUAUCAAAAAGUGAGCCAAUGCCUAAACAACGGUGCUCAGCCCGUUCCUGUCUGCCCUCCAGAGAAAAUCCACCAGGUCCAUGCAGGAGGCACUCCUGACCUCUACCAUCACCACUGCCUCACACCCUCGAAGCUGGGGUCCAGACCCGGGACAGCAGCCACAAACAUCUCUCAGAAGUUGGCAGCCACCAGCACUACAGGAAGACUGGCAACACAGGAGUUGCUCUUUCUCCUCUGUCUCCCGCUCUGCCAUUCGCUGUCACCUCAGCAGCCAGCAGGAGCAAUGGGAAACGUGGUACAGCCACUGCCUGCUCAGGAAUUGGAUGCCUUUAUCCAGAAAUACCUGAGGCCCUUUGAAGGCUGUCAGAAACAGAUCGAUGAGGCUGUGAACACCAUCUGCGAUGCCCUGCAGGAGACCGAGGAGUUCCCCCUGGUGACAGGUGUGGCCAAAGGUGGCUCUUAUGGCCGGGAAACGGUCUUAAGAGGCAACUCCGAUGGUAUCCUCGUCAUCUUUGUCCGUGACCUUGAAGAAUUCAAGGAUCAGAUGGAAAUCCCACAUGAAAUCCUCGACAAAAUCUGGAAGCGCCUGAAAGACUGUCAGCUUGAAAGGAAGCUGGAAGCCAAGAUGGAGAUCCAGACGCCCCAUGGCGGGCUCACCGUCCUGCUGUCCACAAGAUCGCAAAGCAUCACUUUUGAGGUGCUGCCUGCCUUCAAUGCUCUGGCCUUAAGUGAGCAGCCCAGCCCCCAGACCUAUCGAGAGCUGAAAAGAUCUCUGGAUAUGACAGAAGCCAGCCCUGGCGAAUUCUCAGUCUGCUUCACAAAACUCCAGCAGAAUUUUUUUAAGAACCAUCCCAGAAAACUGAAGGAUUUGAUCCUCUUGGUAAAACACUGGUAUCAACAGUGUCAGCAAAAGCUGAUGGCUCCACUUCUACCACCCUCGUAUGCUCUGGAGCUGCUCACAGUCUACGCCUGGGAGCAGGGGUGCGGAGCAGAAGACUUUGAGAUAGCCGAAGGCCUCAGAACGGUUCUGGGGCUCAUCAAAAAGCAGGCGCAUCUGCGUGUCUACUGGACAGUCAACUACAACUUUGAGGAUGAGACCGUCCGGAACAUUGUGCUGAGCCAGAUCCGAUCCCCCAGUAGAUUUCCUAGGCCAGUAAUCUUGGAUCCAACUGACCCAACCAAUAAUGUGAGCAAAGAUAUCACAUGCUGGGAACUGCUGAAAGAAGAAGCUGAAAGCUGGUUGUUCUGCCUGAAUGAGCCACCCGGACCAUCUUGGAAUGUUCUGCCAGCACCGCUCCAGGAGACCCCGGGUCAUCUUCUGGAUAAGUUCAUCAAGGACUUUCUCCAGCCCAACGAACGCUUCCUAAAGCAGCUCCGCAGAGCUGUUGACAUCAUCUGUAAAUUCCUUAAAGAAAACUGCUUUAGAGAUUCACCUACAAAGGUUCAGAAGGCUGUCAAGGGAGGGUCGGCCGGCAAAGGCACAACUCUGAAGACUGGUUCUGACGCCGACCUUGUCGUGUUCGUCAGCUCACUUAAAAGCUACACCGACCAAAACACAGAGAGACACUACAUCAUCAAGGAAAUCCAAAAACAGCUAGAAACCUGUCAGCAGGAGAAGGAGUUUGAAGUGAAGUUUGAGAUUUCAAAAUGGAAGGCUCCCAGGGUGCUGAGCUUCUCUCUAAAAUCCAAAGAAUUCAUCGAAAGUGUCGACUUUGAUGUGCUGCCUGCAUUUAACGCACUAGGAGAACUGAAAUAUGGCUCUGUACCCAACCCCAGGGCCUACACUGAGCUCAUCCGUCUGUAUAAGUCCUCAAACUUCUCGGAGGGAGAAUUUUCUACCUGUUUUACGGAGCUGCAGCGUGACUUUAUUAGCACUCGACCCACCAAACUGAAGGAUUUAAUUCGCCUGGUGAAGCACUGGUACAAACAGUGUGAAAGGAAACUGAAGAAAAAGGGGUCUCUGCCCCCCAAGUACGCCCUGGAGCUGCUCACCAUCUACGCCUGGGAGCAGGGGAGUGGGCUGCAGGAUUUUGACACCGCGGAAGGUUUCCGGACUGUCCUGGAGUUGGUCAAACAACAUCGGCAGCUCUGUAUCUUCUGGACGGUCAAUUACAACUUUGAGAAUGAGAUUGUGAGGAACUUCCUACUGACCCAGAUCCAGAAAGCCAGGCCUGUGAUCUUGGACCCAGCCGACCCUACUGGCGACGUGGGUGGAGGGGACCGUUGGUGUUGGCAUCUUCUUGCGAAAGAAGCCACCGAAUGGCUGUUCUCUCUGUGCUUCAAAGAUGGGGUUGGACGUCCUGUACGACUGUGGCAUGUGCCGACGGUGCAGACACCAGGAAGCUGUGGAGCUGUGUUGCAUCCUGUUGUCAAUAAGAUGUUCACAUACAGUAUUCAUGAAAUCCUCAAUGAAAAUGCUGGGAGAAACUUCCAGAGGUCACCCGGCAGUUGCUUCUGAACAAUCAGUUCACUGUAUAAAAGAGUAACCCAGAUCUGUUCUUCUAUUGACGGUCCUCACUUCUUCAACUCCUCUUCAAAUCAAGACGGCCGCGUCCUUUGUAAAGUCUCGUAAAGCCUCGCCUUGCUGAACUCGCACUCCACAAGUUACCUACCUUAUUAAAAAUAUUUGCUCUCCGACUGCCUCAGCCGGGAAGAGCGCAAUGAUCAUAAUGCCAACAUGGGC